CUACAACAACAGUGAGCUGAGCUCUGCUGCAUCCACCACACCUGAUAACUGCUCAUCUCUGCGGUGACCAUGCACAUCAGCAUCCCUGUCACAGAAGAGCUUGUGGACAACCUGGGUGGACGUUAUGUGCUAUAUUCUGUGUACCUGGAGGGCUUUAUCCUUUUCAAAGUGCGAUACAAGAAUCUCCAUUUCUGGGAUGAAAAGAUGCGUGAUAUAUUUGGAAAUAGGCUCCCGACAUUUCCACCAAAAUAUUAUCUAGCGAUGACUAAAUCUAUGGCUGUACAAAGGAGAAUAAUGCUGGAGAGCUACUUGCAGGAAGUUGUUUUAGAUCCUGUUGUUUCUAACAGUGAUAUCUUCAUCACAUGUUUCAAGAAGUUACAGUUGGAAACAUUUAAGAUGCCAGCUAUAAAAGUGAUCCUCAAAGUUUACUUGCCAGAUGGCAGACAGGUUAAAGUAGACUCCAAGACUUCCGACACUGCGGAGAGAGUGCAAGAGGUUGCCUUGCUUACAUUAAAUGUAUCCAGAGAACUUAUGGAAUAUUUCAGCUUGUUCAUUACACAUAAAGAUGCUAAAGGCGUUUUCUCAGUGGUGAAGCGCGUUGCACCUUUUGAAAUCCCAUUUAUAACCAUUUGGAACAUAAAUAAUGAUUCAUUUCAAAUUUGCAUCAGGAAGUGGUAUAUGACCCCCUCUACUGAUGCUAUGCUAAUGGGCUGUCCGGCCGCUGUGGAUUUACUCUAUGCCCAGGCGGUUCAGGAGUUGGAGAUGAACUGGUCCAGGCCGACAGAACAACAGACAAACCUGCUUAAGCAGUUAAUAAAAACGGAUAAUAAAGUCAAGUUUUUGGAGUUGAUGCAACAAGUGGAGCACUACAGUUACCAGAAGUUGGACCCCGCUGCCACAGAUAAUCUAGACGCCAACACGAUGGUCACCGUGUCUGUGGGAAAUAAUGAACUAUAUUGCAGCUUUCAGACAUCUAACCAGAAGACUGAAAUAAUUAGUCUCCAUAUUGGCGAAAUCACUGGCUGGCACGUCAUGCUCCAUCAACCGGAAAAGACCAUUGACCAACAGAUGUUCAAAUUUGGGUACAAGACUGGAGAAGUCCUGAAAUGGAUUAUAAUAUGGACAAACCAGGCGUUCCUCCUAAGCACUUGGUUGAAAAAGAUGUUAAGUGAAGAGCCAGUGACUUGUACCAAGGAGAACUUAGAGAUUCAGGAUAGCAGGACCUCUGCAAACAUUUACACCAGAAAGCAAAACAAGUCAGAUGUCCUUAAGAAAAAGCAUUCCUCCGUUUCCUACAUAAAAUGCGAUUCCUCGGAUCUGGCUGACUGCAAUCUGUAGCUUUUCUCCAUCCUUGACAUGAAGGAAUAUGAAGUCUACACUUCGCCCAGCAAUGUCAUUGUACUCGCUGUCAACGUGCACACUCUGUACAGAGGGGGACAUUAUUUUGCGGCAGCACUGACCUGUAGAUGCAUCCAGAGGGAUCAACGUAAUGGACGGGAUUGGUCAGCGACUAUCUCUACAAGACAUUUGGAUUAGCCUUCUGCUUGAAGUAAAGGCCCCCAUACCCAUUAGUGUAGUGUCAUCUGAACUAGCGGGUGGGGGGCUCCCGACUCUCCCUCAACAGAUGAUUUCGGGGGAGAGAAGAAUCAGGUGAAAUGAAGACUUUGGCCUGAUCCUUUUCUUCUCCAGAGAGAUGAGGUGUCUGACAGCAGCUUACUCCCCUUUGCCCACUGAAUACACACAAACCUUUGGCCAAAGAGAAACAUGGAUGGGGGAGUCGGGAGAACGAAAGAAUGGGCAUAUUGAAAUCCAUCUGCCUAAUCCUCCUCCGCAUCUGACACUGGUGGAGAGUUGGGAGGCCCACCUAUACACCUCAGACGACACUUAUCUAAUAUGAAUGGCUAGAUUAAGUUUUAACUUUAGUCUUCCUUGAAAACUAUUCCCUUUUUAUUCACACUUCCUGUCAGGGUACGUUAAGAGUUGUAGUUACUAAACAGCUGGAAGGUCCUAAUUUGGCGAGCAGUGAUGUAGACCAUCAUACCAUUAGAAAAGGUGCAUCUUCAGCUGCAGAAAACCUAAUGGUUCCAUUAUUUCUGUGGGUUCUGUUUUUUUUAUUUUUGUAUUUUUUGCACUUUUUUUUCAAGUAAAACUAGUUUAAAGCGCUUGCGCCAAAUAUGAAGGUUAUCCCUUAUCCAGAGGAUAGGGAAUGACUAACUAUUUGGUGGGUUUCCACCCUCUGGGUCUUCUACUGAUUCCAAGAAUGGGGGGGGGUCCCAUGUUUUCAUCCUGAUGGAAGGGCAGGUACCAAUCGUUCUCUAGGAGACUGCUGGAGACAGCAGCGCACAGCACUUGCCUAUUUCCGCCAGUUCCAUAGAGAACGACUGUAGCGGCAGGCAGGGUGCAUGCUUGGCCUGUCCCUCCAUCAAGAUGGGAACAUAGGAUCGGUGGGGGUCCUGUGCAUACCUGGCACAACCCCCUUUAAGGGGGAGUCUGUCACCAGGAGAUUCACUGAUAACCCAAGCACAAUGCCUUGUAUGUCUAGGUCAGCUGAAUGUCACGAUUCCUUUCACAAAGCAAUCAAUUGUUUCAUUCUGGAGAAAAAAAAUACUUUUAAUCCAUAUGCAAAUGAGCAGUAAGUGCACCAAGGGCAGGCCCAAGCCACUCUGUGCAAUCUUGCUCCUAUGGUUUUCUCCUUCUUAAUAGGACCAGGUUACUGCAGUUAUCACACCUGGCCCUGUCCAGGAGAGGGAGGGGCUAGCAGAGGAAGCGGGAGGAGCAAGGGUGCACAGUGUCUUGGGUCCGCCCUCGUUGCACUUAAAGGCGUUUUCCGGUAAUAAGUAUAUUUUACAUAAUGCCCUCAGCCUGCCUCCUGAGAAAAGAAGAUACAAAUUUACCUGCUCAUUUAUUAAGGGACUUGUGACUAUUUUAGUCUUAAAAAUUGUUGCAAGUCCAUUUUUUAACAGGUUGUGCGACCAUAUGUAGUUGCACGUCCAGUUUUAUGACGUGUUGGGCGGGAGGCGGAGCAGUAGUGUACCAGGGGCUGUGCCAGCGGCCGGGACCGUGGCCCUGGCAAAUUUACUAACUUUAUGCCUAGAAACAGGGGCUGGAGUCGUUUUUUUCUCUCCUUAGAUUUGACAAAUUUAUGAUGAGGCGCACGUCCAAUCUUAUGUCAGCACAGGGGGAAAUCUAAGAAUGGCAUAAAAAGGUGGUUUUCGUAAAUAACCCUCCCCCCUUCCCCCCUCAUUGUGCCUGGUUUAUCUGUGAAUUUCCCGGUGAUAGUCCAUUAAUAGGAGACAGAAAGUAGAGAGUAUGAAAAAUCAUUCUAUAAAGAAAAAGCUGCCUAUUUGGUGUC